AUGCUUGGUAUGAUUGGCGAUGAGCAGCGGAAGUCCAUCUCGCGUGAAGUUUGCAUGCGAAGUGAGCUUAUUCAACCGAAGACCAUCAACGAUGUUUCAACUGACAUCAAAGAAGUAGCAUCAGCAUACACUGGCAAUGAAGAAGCUGAAAAAAGAGGGGUCAAGCGAGAUCACCCAGCGAUUGCAGGAACUACCGAUGUCAACACCGAACUUCAUACGGUCGUUCAGUGCACGGACGGAAAUCUUGAACAGGAAACGUCGAUGGACUUGAAGGAAGAUGAGGUUGUUGACGAGCGCACUGCAACAGACGAUAAAAAGAAUGAAGAUAGAGACGAAGGACCGCCGCGAAAGCUAUCACGUUUGGCAGAAGAUGUUUGCAAGAAGCCAGCGGCUGUGCCUUCAAACCAAGUUGUUGUGGACGCAUUUUUGGACUUUGGAGACCAGGAACUUCACCACGGACUAACAGGUCAAGGUGUCACUCAUUUACGAGCAGCACGUUCAAUUCGUGACCAUCCUUGCGCCAUUACUUCUGAGAUCGACGCACGUGACGUUCCUUUGGUGGGAGCAAAAAUGGCUACCCAAGUCGAACAGAUUUUGAACUCGAACGGACUGGAGGAUCAAGCAGUGUGUUCAGAGGUGAGCAAACUCGCGGUGACGAAGCACACGCCAGUACAUGAGGAACUUGUGAAGCAUGAACACUACCAUACGGCUGCGAAUGUCGAAAGCGAUGGGAUAUGUGAGCAAGGAAGUGAUAGCCAUGAGUGCCCUGAUACCCUGCCAAGUAAGAAAGCCCGUAGCAAGCUCGCUCAAGUUGAUGAAAACCUUAAUGACGCGCUUUCAGCGCAUGUGGAAGUGGAACCUGCAAAUGCCACUGGUGAAGAAACAGCUUUUGAUCAUGCUACUCAUUGUCUUCAUGAUGCUGCCGAGUCAGUGGCAAGUGGCAGCGUCGGGAAAGCUAUAGGUUGCAUCGGAGAAAUGGUAUCGACCUUUGUCAACGAUAAGGUAGGGCUCAAAUUGGCGGACGACAAUACUACGGAUGAUGACGAAGAGAACGACUGGCCGCUUAGGUUAUAG